AUGUUGUUUUUUGAUGCUAUAAUAUAUUUAGCAUUAGUUUGCAGCGCAGUAUUAGCUGCUCCAUCAUAUAUUGAUGUUCAUGAUAAAAUAUAUCCACCAGAUCCUCCUGCUACACAUCAUGUUUUGAUGGGUAUAAAAUACUACGAUGAGGAAGCUAAAAAAGAAAAAGUUGAUGAAGUAAUUAUUGAUUUAUAUGGUACUGUAACUCCAUUAACUGUACAAAAUUUUGCUACUAUUGGUAGAGGUCUGAGAGUAUUGACGGACGCUGCUAAUGAGGAAGGUAGUACCAUGGUUACCUAUAAGAAGACUCUAUUCACAAAAUUGAUUAAAGAUGAUAUUAUUGAAGGUGGUGAAGUAUUACCUGGUAUUACACCAUUCUCUAUGUAUGGAUUUAAAUUUGCAGAUGAAAAUUUCUUCCUAAAGCAUGAUAGACCAGGUAGAGUCUCUUUGGUUAACGAUGGUGAACCAGACACAAAUGAUUCAAGAUUUUCUAUUUCAUUAAAUGCAAAUGGUUCCCCAGAGAGAGAUGGUCUAAAUGUCGUCUUUGGUCAAGUUAUCUUCGGUUAUGAUAAUUUGGAGAAGAUUCAAUUGUCACAAGUUAGUUCAAAAUCACAUAGACCAGAACAUGAUAUCACAAUUAGUUAUAUUGUUGUUGAUGAAUUGAAAAUUUCCGAUUUAGCCAAAUUACAUCAAGAAUAUAUGGACAAAUUAACUAAAUUCGAGAAUGGUGAUCAAAGUGUAGGUAUUAAAUUAGGACCAACUAGAACUCAAUUAAAGGAAGGUAGAAAGAAGCAAGAUUUAGAGAAAGAAGAAAGAAGAAAAUUGCAUGAUAUGAAACUUGCUCAAAAUAAUAAUCCAGUUAUGAAGAUUUCAAUUGGGUUUGUACUCUUAUUAAUAUUAUACUUAAUCACCACGAAGAGAAAGCUUUUAUUUAGUAGAUCUUCUGCAAAUGUGACAAAUUUAGAUGAUCCUGUCUCUAUUAGAAAAGAUUAA